AUGCAGUACGCUGCUUUGUGGUUCUGUGCCACUUUUUCAAGCACGGUAUUCCUAGAAGGUGCUGCCCACGGAUCUGGUGUUCGAAAGUGCCCCGACGGCGGCAAAUGCGUCCUCGGCACCAGCUGCAUGAACAUUUCACCCGGUUUGGACAGCUAUGGCUGCUGUCCUUACGACAGAGGCGUGCCUUGCCUUUACAAAAGCGACACAGGCAGCUCCAGUGAGAAACAUGGCUGCUGUCCGCGUGGACACCGUUGCCAGCAAGGAGCGUGCUUCUACGACGAAGGCGGUGUCACCUUGUCGUACGCACCAGCCGCUCUUCUGCCUCCUCUGCGCAGGAGCCUGCGCAGCUCGUCUUGCAGUCCGAAGGAGACGGUUCAGUGCCAAGACCACACCACGUGCCCUGCUGGCAACAGCUGCUGCCACACGCCCGAGUACCCGGUGGGAACGUACUCCUGCUGCCCGUACGAGUACGGACAGGUGUGCUGCCCGGACGGCUCCUGCUGCGCCGCGGGAUACCGCUGCGAGCCACGAUGGGGCAUCUGCACGCCCACGCUGGCAGGGAGCGCACUCAACGGUACGAGAGCAGCCACCAGACGGUUGCUGAUGCCCGUUCCUGCAAAGAGGGGGCCAAGGGCGAAGCCUCCCCCCGCUAGGAGUACAUCUGGCGCACCGUGGAUUGAGUGUCCGGACGGCACCUACUGCCACCGGAACUCGACGUGCUGCUUCGCCCAUUCCUCGUCCUCGGCGCGUUCUUCAGCUUCCCUCCAAUACGCCUGCUGUCCUCACGAGCACGCCCAGUGCUGCGACGACGGAGAGCACUGUUGUCCACGCGGCACACAGUGCGAGCACUUCGACCAGUCAAAAGGUCAUAUGUGCCAUUCGCUGAAUGAAGAACCCGGACAGACUGUCCUCGCCUCCAAGAAGUACCCCAGCCUGAAAAGCGUGCCCGGGGCCACGUACCCUUCGGUGCCGUGUCCUACGUGGAUGGUGUGCAGCUCGGGCUCCUGCUGCCGCAACGAGUACGGGGCCUAUCGAUGCAGUCCGUACGCAGGAGGAGUGUGCUGCGCCUCGGGCAUCUCCGGAUGUCCGCCUAACACGGAGUGCGUCGACUGAGCCUCUGCGCGAGGACAAGCAUUCCACGAAUGCGCUAUGUAAUAAAUACC